UCGUACAUCAACUCUUAUCCCCUCGGAAAACCUCUCGUCUCUCUCCAAUGGCGUUUGCUUUUCUCUCUCCUCACCCCAACUUUCUCUCACUAAGCAAAGCUACUUAUUCCUUUUCAUACAAGCCGAUUAUCUUUCCUUUUCCUCGAAACUGCCGUAUUAUUCCGUCGGCCGUCGGGUCGGGUCGCCGGAGUUCGUACCCGAACCCGGCGGAUGACGACCCUCCGGAGGCGCCGGAAGAUUCCAUGCACGGCGUGUCAAAGUUCCAGCAGAUUGAGCGUCAAGCUGCUCGAGCGAGGAAGCUUCAGGAAGAUGACUUCGAGAAGAAUCGGAACACGUAUCUGUCCGCCAUUGCCGACGUGGAGGACGCGGUGGAGACGGGUCGAGACGAUCGGGAUUCUGGUGACGAUUUAUUCGGAGAGAUCGACCGGGCGAUAUCGAUGAAGCGGACCGAGUUCGUGAAGCAGGGCUUGCUCCCACCGAACCCUCCCAAGUUGACGUCAUCCAAGAGGACCAAGGAGGAGGAAGAGGAAGAAGAGGAAGAAGGGCAUGGUACGGAAGGUGGAGAUGAGCUGGAAGAAGAGGAAGUUGCCGAUUUGGAGGAGAUCGAGAGCUUGACCGGGUUAACUGAAGUCUCCGACGACGAAAAUUGGGUAGAUGAAGAAGGAAAGCGCGUGGCCGACAGUAGAAGCGGGAAGAAGAAGAAGGAAAACGGUAUUGGGUCGGAGUUUGAUCAGCAAAUGGGAUUCGAUUUCGAUGAUUUCGGGGAAGCAAAAGCCAGAAUUGUGGAACCCAAGUUCAAAAUGAGCUUAGCAGAGCUUUUAGACGAGAGCAAAGUCGUGCCCAUCUCAGUUUACGGCGACAUAGACGUCGAGAUCACCGGAAUCCAGCAUGAUUCGAGAGUUGUCAGCGCAGGGGAUCUCUUCGUGUGCUGUGUCGGAAGCGAAACUGGUGAACAUAUGUUCUUGAGCGAAGCCGACAAGAGAGGAGCAGUGGCAGUGGUCGCGAGCAAGGAAAUCGACAUUGAAGACACUUUGGGAUGCAAGGCACUUGUAAUCGUGGAAGACACUGAUGCAGUUCUGGCCGCACUGGCUGCUUCUUUCUACAGGUACCCGUCGAAAUCCAUGGCGGUGAUCGGAGUGACGGGCACGAACGGGAAGACGACCACCACGUAUUUGAUAAAAAGCCUCUACGAGGCAAUGGGCUUACGGACAGGAAUGUUCAGCACGGUGUCUUGUUACAUUCAUGGUGACAACAAGCUUGUCUCUCCAAACACGACUCCUGAUGCGGUUUUGGUUCAGAAUUUGAUGGCUAAGAUGCUGCAUAAUGGGACCGAGGCUCUGGUCAUGGAAGCUUCUUCUCAUGAACUUGCUUUGGGGAGAUGUGACGAAGUGGAUUUCGACAUAGCCCUUUUCACAAACUUGACAAGGGACGAGUUGAAUCUCCAUGGCACGGAGGAAGAGUAUAGAGAUUCCAUGGCCAAGUUGUUUGGGAGAAUGACUGAUCCUGAGAGGAACAGGAAGGUGGUUAACAUAGAUGAUCCAAAUGCAGCCUUCUUUAUCCGACAGGGGAACCCUGAUGUUCCUGUUGUGACAUUCGCAAUGGAAAACAAGAAAGCCGAUGUCCACCCAUUAAAGUUCGAGCUCUCCUUGUUUGAGACACAGGUUUUGGUUAAUACCCCUUAUGGUAUUCUGGAGAUCUCCUCAGGCUUGUUAGGACGGCAUAACAUAUAUAAUAUUCUUGCGGCUGUGGCUGUUGGGAUUGCUGUUGGAGCUCCACUCGAGGAUAUUGUUAGAGGUGUUGAGGAAGUCGAUGCUGUUCCCGGCAGGUGUGAAUUGAUCGAUGAGGAACAAGCUUUCGGUGUUAUUGUGGAUCAUGCCCACACUCCUGAUGGCUUGUCUAGGCUGCUCGAUUCUGUUAGAGAGCUUAAACCAAGAAGAAUUAUUACCGUUAUCGGCUGCGAGGGUGAGAAGGACAGAGGAAAGAGGCCGGUUAUGACAAAGAUUGCUACUGACAAGAGCGACGUGACAAUGUUGACAUCAGAUAAUCCAAGGAGUGAAGAUCCUCUGGACAUAUUGGAUGACAUGUUGGUUGGGGUGGGAUGGACAAUGCAAGAAUAUCUAAAGCACGGUGAAAACGAUUACUAUCCACCAUUGUCAAAUGGUCAUCGGCUCUUCCUUCAUGACAUCAGGCGUGUAGCUGUGCGUUGUGCUGUUGCUAUGGGCGAAGAAGGUGACAUGGUUGUUGUAGCAGGAAAAGGCCAUGAAAUGUAUCAGAUUGAAGGUGAUAAGAAAGAGUUCUUCGAUGAUCGGGAAGAGUGCCGGGAGGCACUGCAGUACGUAGACGAGCUUCACCAGGCUGGAAUAGACACGAGUGAGUUCCCAUGGCGGUUACCGGAGAGUCAUUAAUGUCGCCAUUGUUAAGACCAUCAGGACAAAAGACUUGACAACUAGCACGUGAACCGGUAUUACUUCUACCUGACUCACUGUUCCUUGCGACGAUACCAUUUGCAAGGAGCCCUCUCUGCUCAGAGAGAUGAUGCUUUCAAUGAAGGAGAAGAAGAGAUGAGAUUUCCAUGGCGUCGAGCUUUGUGAGGCACUAAUGUAGAGUAAGUCCAAAAGCUGGAGAAGACAAGUUAUAAAAUCUUUGUGAAGGUAAAAACUGUAUUUGAAUAUGCAAAUGCAAGUGUGUGUUUAUGUGUAAGGGUUGAUGAAUUUUGAGCUCUGCAAUGGAAAAGCAUUGGGCAA